AUGAAUUUCAUAACUGACAUUACCCCUUGGACUACAACUAGGACUUUCAUUGGAAUCAGAGAAAGAGUUUUGAAGAAAACUGGGCAUAGGCUCAGCAAAACCAAACAGAAGAGAAACAGAAAAAGAAACAAAAAGCAGAACAGUCAGAGUAAAAUCAUGGAGGAAAACUCAUUUGAAUUCUCAAAUGACCUUACACCAGGAGAUCAGGACCCAACUCAGAGGGAAGAGGAAGAAAUUGAAAAGACCAGAAGAGAAUCGGAAUACCCCUUCACUGGUGGUCUACAAAAUGAAGUCAGAGAUUUUGUGAAUGGGUAUAAAGAAAAAGGAUGGAAAAACUUACAUCCUAAAGACAGUUUCCAAAACGUUAUGUCUAUAGUUGAAUUAGACAACACACCAAAGAAUUCCCUCUCUAAGGAAGGUGAUAACUUGUUUUUAAGUUUGUCAUGGAUGCUAAAUCAAAGCGCUGUUACUUGUCCAAUAGUGACUCAAAAUCUUUCCUGUGUAACAACUGAUGACUGCUCUGGCAUGAAGGUAGAAAAGCAUAUUAGAAAUAAGCAUACCAUAGCAUGGGACAUCCAGGACCUUCCUGUGGAAACUUCAUGUUUAUUUAUGAAGAAGAGAGAAAUAGUAGAUAAAAAUCUCCCACAUCAACCCAUUCUGUGCCCUCAACAUGGAACCAGAAUGUCAGAUAAUGUUUUAAGAGAGGAACAGUUGUAUGCAACUAAAAUCAAUUACUGGGCUUUUUUCACAACCAAUUUAUCUGAAGAAGAUUUACAGUUGGGCUCUGAUAGACAGCCGUAUUUUGGUAGCUGGCCUGCAGGACUUCUUAAGUUUGUAUGUGAACAGAGACCAAAGAAAGAUAGAGCACAUAAGCUGACUGGUCCUGACAGCAGAGGGCAAUGGAUUCAAUUGAUCUUCACUUCCAUGGGAGCAUCAGAACCAGGAAGCAGUCCAGAAAUACUGAUAGACAAGCUACUGAUAGGAAAUGAAGAUUUUUCACCUCCACCUGAAACUAUAGAUUCAUUCAUAGAAACAAACCUCUUCAGAAGCUGCUUACCUCAGCUGGAUGUACCAAAGAAUGCCUUGGAAUCAACACAAAAUAAGAAAAGGAGGCAGAAAAGGAUUUUCAAUUUGGUACCAAACUUUAGCUUAUUAGGACAGAAUCAUAUAAAUGUAAAAGAAAGGGAGAAAUGUGACCUGUUAACAAAAGCCCAAGGAGUAAAAAUUAUUUUGGGAGAAGAAAAAGACAGAAUUUCAGAAAGGAACAGUGAAGAAGAGAAUAAGCAAAAACUUAUGACCUUUGAUCAUCAUCCAUUGUGGUUUUACCUUGAUAUUAUCAAAGCUCCCCUUCUAAAUAGUGGUGGACAGUAUUAUUCUCAUUUGCCUAAAGACUCAAAGCACAGACUAAGGUGCUUUGCGUCUUUCUACGAAAAUUAUAUUCCUUCUCUUGUGCUACAUUAUAUAUCUAGUAUUUGGAAGGCAACUUUUACAAACAAACUGUUUUUGACUUUCGAAUCUCAGACAAGAGAGGGUAAUAAAAAAAAUGACGCAGGGUUUAUUUCUCCAGAAAUUUUACACAGUCAACCUGACACUUCAUGCUCUUUGGGAGUCGCUUCUGAUUUUCAGUUUUUAAAUGAAAGGUUUGACGGAAAGCUGAAGAGAUGGGAAGAACCUAAGCAAUUACCGGCUGAGGACAGCCAAGGCCUGACAAGCACUGACGCUACUUCCCUUGGGCUGCCAUUAACACAAGGGUUUGCCUUUCAACUGGUAAAGCUUUUUGGAUCUCCAGGCAUUCCAAUGGAGUCCUUGUUGCCUAAUGACUAUGUGGUUCCCCUUGACUGGAAGACACUAAAGAUGAUCUACCUGCAAUGGAAGAUGUCAGUGGAGAAAAGACAGAAGAAGAUUGGUGGAAAAAUGAAAAUUCCUUGAACUGUAAGUACGACUUAUUCUAGAGACCUCUGUAUGAUCAUAAAGAAGUGAAUGUUGACAUUAUUUAGUUGUAAUAGCUCAUACGUAUUAUACCACAACUGAAGAGUAAAAUAUGAAAAAUGAAGUUUGUUACCAUAGCAACCUUGUGUGCUGUUGUACAUGUGAUGUUUUUAUUCCCUUUAAGUGUAGAUCUUUUUGUGAAAUAUAACAAAUCUUAGAUUGUUGCUCCCAAAUUAAUUUUCUCACUUUGUUGGUUAGAACAUAUUUUACAGCAUUCUAUCUACACACAAUUUAUGAGACAUUUUCCCCCUUGGGUUGGUAUGUGAUGAGGGCUGGCAAUGAGAGGUGUAGGUUCUAUUUAAAUUAGAUUCUCUAGGAAAAGAGGUAAAACAUACAGACAAACUCAUGUUAUAUUUUAAACUUAUCAA